AUGGCGCCUGUCAAAAGAGUGCGUCCGUACAAGGACUUCUUGACACCUGCUAUGCAUAGAAGAUUUGCAAUGGCAACUUCUACAUUGUUUGGGCUUUGCUAUCUGGAAUCGAUCUUGAUUGGGGAGAAAAACUCUUUGAUUUGGUCCUGGUUCCCAUUUGGAAGAGCAGGCAUCCGGACAGGCCUUCUCUUCAUCCCCGCAUUUGUGAUAUUUAUUCUUCGUGUCGCCCAAUUACACGUGGGGCUACGCACUUCAAACUCGGCAUGGCAGACAUUCAAAAGAUAUUCUCUCAACUUCAACGUUGUCCAAACCAUCGGCUUCUACGUCUUUUCGGCAUACAUGUUCAGCGAGAUCUAUUUAUGGUCGGCAUCGAACGACGCGGACAUGAGCAGGAUCAAAGUCAUACCAAAAACUGAUCGCCUCAUGCUGAACGAGAAGCCAAUUUAUAUUGCCUGUUACCUGUUCAUUCUGGGGUUUGUCCAGGCGGGAUUCCACCUCUUCUACGACUAUGACAGAAUCGAUAUGCCAGUCACGAAAACAAAAGCCAAUAUCGUUGUUCCUCCUGCGGUGCAACUGAGGACCAAAUUGCCCGCCAUGAUAUCCACUUCCAUCCAACGUGCUCUUGGAGUUGCCAUUUUUUCGCCUUUCCUAUACUACGUGAACUGGGGAAUUUACCCUUAUUCUAUCCGACGUUUUGCAUGGAGCCUCAAUCGAGCAUGGGCCAAGCUAUUCUGGAAUUUACCCAAGUCGAGCAUGCUGCCGAGUAUUCAUCCAUUUCAUAUAAGUGUACUUAUGAGGACCGUCACUUCCGGUUUCCUGCUUUUGAUGCUUUGGGAAGUUGGGAAUGCAGCCUUUUCUGCAUAUGUAGCACAAGAGCCGCUGAAAAACGAGAGACCAAUAACCUACGAGUCUCGAGAUCCGAAUGGAAGUUUAUUGACGGGCCUGAAGGGAAACAAGCUGCAGACAAAGGCCUUUGCUUUUUGGGAGCUUGUAUACAUAGCUCAGCGCUUUGAAGGGCGACGAAAGAACGUCUUUGAAGAUAUCGACCGAGUCGGGGGUUCGGCUUGGUCUCAAAUACUUGCCGUGUGUCUUGAAACGAUCCAAGGAAUGGAACUACGGAUUACCGAAUAUCAGAACCCCCCUCGGGUUGCCGCUGAUGCAAAGGCCAAAGCACUUGCGCCAGACCCAGCGCCGCUGCUGCCACGGAUCAGUGCGCCGUUGAAAGAUGGAUUGAACGCACCAGGAGACAUUUUUUCUGCGAGCCCCGCAGGGAAGACGGAAAGUCAACGUGCUGUAGAAGUCGUUGGCAGAUUUGCAAAGAGACAUGGCCAAUCUCCGCCCAAGAGUAUUUCGCCUAGGUCCAAGCAGUUGUUGAUAAAGGCUGAGAGCGCAGUCCUUACACCAGAGCAGCAGGAAGCAUUAUCAAAACAAGGUGUGGGCGGCCUUAUCAAAACCUGGUUUCUCGUAAUCUUGAAAUCUAGUCUUGGUUGGCCAUUCAGACAAGAGUACAGACGGAGAAUAGCUACCGUCGUACUAGGCACGCCGUAUGGAGAUGUUGGAAUUAUUGUGGAUGCUAUCGAUGCACUGACUCGGCUUGCGGUCUGCAGUUUGGCCGAAGACAAUUACGGCAAUGUCCAGAAGGAUGUGAAGAUGAUUAUCCAGACCUUCACGAGAGCAGUCAUUGUACUAGAGGGAUUUAAACCCACAAUUGGAGUUCAUUGGACCGAUGUGGAACCCAAGCAGGAGAGCCCCGAGGUCGAUACUAUAUUGGAAGCUCUGAAGGGUGGGCUCGAAGAGCUCAUCGAUGCAUUUGGGGACUAUUCUCAAGAUUUGAGAUUGAGUCAAAGUGAGAUGAGACAGGCCAGGGAAGCUGCCACUCCAAAGCGUCGCUCGCAAAUGGCCGAGGUCAAAUAG